UUCCCUUUCCAAUUCUUUCACACGCCAAACCCACUCUUUCAAUUCCCUCUCAAAUUUACUCAUUUCCAAUAUCUUCCCUAAGCUAUGGCCGAAGAAUUCCACGAAUCCGACAUCAUAUUCGCCGACCACCACCGCCGCCGCCGUCGCCGACGCUUUUUCCACCCCUCACUCGACUUCGCCCAAAUUCUCCUCACAACUACUAAUCAUCGGAACCCCAGAAACAACACCAACGAUGACAACGACAGCGACAGCGACCACAACGACCACCAUCACCACAACAACAACAACAAAGAUUUCGCUGCCUCUCUCCCCGUUAAAAUCCCAGAAACCGUUUUCCGUUACAGUUCCGAUAUGGAGGAGCUGGAUGAGGAAUGGAACAGUGAAGACAACAACAAUAUAGUACCGCCCCACGUCAUCAUAGGGCGGCGCGUCGCUGGAAAAAUGGCGUUCUCCGUACGAUCCGGCAAUGGUAGGACGCUUAAAGGAAGAGAUUUAAGUGAAGUUCGAAAUUCUAUUCUGAGAAUGACAGGAUUCCUUGAAACCUGACCAAAAAGAAAAAAACAAAUCCAAUUCAAUAUUGUGAAAAAACAAACGAUUAGAUUUAUUAUUCAAAAUGAAACCCAUUUUUCUUCAUUUUGUAUUAUCCCUCUUUCUUCCAGAUUGGUAAUUGGGAUUAGGAUUCAAAUGUAACAGAGGGGGAAAAUUUGUGAUUAUUUUAAUGUUUUUCCUUCUUUUUCUUCCCCUUUUGUUUUUGUUAUACAAAAUAAUGGAUCAAUCAAAUACUUUUUCUAAAAAAUUAAACAUCAAUCAAAUCUCCAUUAA